AUGCUUAAUAUUACAUUCCAGGGAGUCAGCGUGUACCGGCGGUGUCUGUACUGCAGCGGCGGGGACGUGGGUGUCACCUUCGUCCACCGCUGGAACCUCUCCCUCCAGGCAGAGCGUCACCACUACAUGAAGAUUGCCACACUGUACCCGUAUCUGCUGAACGAGUCCUUGAGAGACAUGAACGGACACAAGUUUCGAGUGACAACUUUGCCGAACUUCCCUUACACGGAUUACAGACGGGACAGUGAAGAGCACGGCUACACGGUCACGCCGCGGGACUCCCUCAAUGGAAGGUUUCUUGACACGUUUGCUGCUGUCUUCAAUUUUACGUACGUGAUGCGGGAGAACCCCACCAGGUCCUUCGGGUACCUUGGCGAUGACGGACAGUACAGCGGCAUGGUCGGGGAGCUGCAGCGGGAGGAGGCGGAGCUUUGCAUGAUACUCGCUCCCACCGCGGCCAGAUUCGAGGUUAUAGAUUAUCUGAGACUUGAACCUGCAGACACGCUGGUGAUUCUGUCCCUCAAGCCCACCCUGCUGCCUGCGCAUCUCUCCCUGUUGAGACCUUUCACAACCUCAUUGUGGAUUGCAUUGCUGGCGUGCAUGGUGGCGUGGGGCUUGGUGCUGUGGCUUCUGCAGAGGGCGUGGCGGCUGCUGACUCAAGGCUUUGACAUCACACUCCCCACAGCACUGACUUACAGUUGGGGCGCCCUGCUCGAGAAGCCCCCCGCCGACCCGUCCGUCAACACGUCAGGGCAGCUGCUGGUGGGAUGGUGGCUGGUGUUCUGUCUUAUCAUCUCCACGGGGUUCAAGUCCUCCCUUAUCGCCCAUCUCACAGUCCAGGGCAGGUCCCGCACUCUUGAAAGCCUGCAGGACCUGGUGGAGGCGGACAGCUGGCGGUGGGGGUCAGAGAAGAUCCUUUUCAACGGAGCUCCUGUUGAUUUCUUCAGAAAGCAGGAAAGUCCCGUGAUCAAGAAAAUAUAUGAGGAGAUGGAGCUGCUGGACCUGGAGACCGUGAUGAGCAAGGUACUGGGCGGCGGGUUCUCUCUCAUUAUCUUCAAAAAGUUCAUCCAGAUCCUUAUCGCCUCGAAGUACACAGACGGCUACGGACAGACUCCCUUCUACAUGAGCCGCGAGGAGUUUAAUGUCCUGGCCUGCCUCGGCUGGGGAAUGAGGCGAGUAAUGGGAGCUCCGUACCUCAGUGAGUUCGUGAGGGUCCACGCCCACCUUGAGGACGCCGGGGUGGUGCCGCUGUGGACUGAGGAGGUGAUGGCUCGAAGGGUGAAGGAGAACAGGGAGGCAGCCAGGCUAGAUCAAGAUACUGACGGGGGAUUUACGGCUCAGGGCGCCUUCUACCUGCUGUUUCUUGGCUCUUGUGUGGCCAUGUUCACUCUGGUGGUGGAGACCUUUCUGCCUCCUUGA